ACAAAAGUCAAAGUGUCCCACCUCCUCUGUCUACUCCAAUGAAACCUAUCGAGGAAGGUGUGGGCCUGGUGAAGGUCUUGGAGAAAAAUGACUCAGACAGGGUUGUGCAGGCAGGAGAUGAGGUGAAGAACAGAGAAAUUGGGUCAAAUCAGGAAGAACAUUCAUCUUCUUCUUCCUCCAGUUCUGAUUCUGACUCUGAUUCAGAAAGCGAGGAAUCUGACCCUCAAAACGGGAAGCCUGCAAGAUCUGGAAGCUACACAGUGGGUGAAAAUGGAGACGUUGCAGGAUGGUCCCAUCAAUCUAUUCCAGAGAAUCCAGCAAAUAAUGCGGGGUCUCCUGCAGCUUCAAAAGAUGAUAAAUUGAAGGUGCCUAUCCCAGAGAAUAUUUGGAAAGAGAAACAGUCUACACCCCUAAUUCCAAACACUUUAGGGGAUGUAUAUCCUACAUCUUCAAUACAAAAUACCCAAGGGGGCAAACAAACUUUGCCUCCAAUUCCAAACACUGUAGGGGAUGUACAUCCUACACCUUCAAUACAGAAUACCCAAGGGGGCAAACAAGCUUCACCUCCGAUUCCAAACACCCUAGGGGAUGUACAACCUUUGCCUUCAAUACAGAAUACCCAAGGGGGCAAACAAACGUCCCCUCCAGUUCCAAAUACUCUAGGGGAUGUAUAUCCUUCACCUCUAAGCACAGAGAAAGAUGCACAAAUAAAUCCGAGACCAGCUGACAAUGUUCUGCCUAUUGAGGAAGAAGCAAGUAUUCCUGUAGAGGAUGAGAAGCUUCCGAGUGGACGGUCACCUUCAGUGGAGACUAGAGCGGAGUUUGAUAAGACCCCAGUGCUUGAAGAGCAAGUGUGUGAUGAACCUCAAACAGCAGCCAGACAGGAGCCUGAAACAUCAUUGCCAUCACCUGCCGCAGUCUCUGAUCUGCCCUCUGAUAACUCCAGGUAUCAGAACCUGCAGCACUACUCCUACACGCCUUUCACCUUUGUGGAUUAUGAUGUCAGUCUCGCCCAGUUCCGCCUCCCUCAGCCCUCCUCAAGAAGACUGACCCCGCAGCUCUGAGAUGUCAUGGAGUGUGUAAUAAUAAAUCCUGUAGCUAUAUGUAUAAUCUGA